AACUGGGUCAGCCUGAGUCUCCACGGCUACAGGAUCAACCUGAGACUCCACAUAGACCAGGUGCUCCUGAGACUCCUGGGAAAGUCGAGGUGGCUAGAAUCUCACCUCGACUUUACACAGCCACAGGCUCAUCUCUCGUCUCCACGGAUACAGGAUUAGCCUCUGUCUCCGAGGAUCCGUGUCCCGUCUGCAAGGUCUCCUGACUGCGGCGCUCCAGGAUGAGUGCAGGUGGGAAUGUGCGGACUGCGUCCCACUCCGGCUCCGGAAUCCCCCUUCCCCGCAGCAUGGCCUCCGCCUCCCGCCUGGACCCCAAACACCUGAGCACCGGCCUCCUGCUGGGCCAGGAGAGGGCGCCCUUCCAGACCCACUCCCCCUCCGCCUCCUCCUUCUCCUCCUCCACCUCCUCCCUGCCCUCCCUCUCCACCUCACCCUCCUCCAGAGAGCUGCUGAGAGGCGGUGCCCUGAAGGGUCAGCUCCUGCACCAGCAGCAUCAGAGAGGGGGGUAUGGAGUGACCACUGGGCCCCCUGCACCCCCGGUACGGAGCUCCUCCUCGCUGGAGAAGACCUGGGGGUCACGCUCGGCCUACAGCAGCCCGCAGGUGUCCAAACGCGAGAUGCCCUCGGUGGUGGUUACCUCCCGGGACACGCUGGACAUCCGCAGGGGCUCGCUGCCCUCCGACGCCUGGCGGGAGUUGAGCAGGAAUGCCAACCGCAACCUGCGGGCCGGGCACUCGCACUUCCGCAGCCUGGACAAUGGGCCCGAGCUGGCGGCCGCCCCGCGGAGCCUGACCAACGACUUCCUGCUGAGCCGUGGAGGCCGGGAGACGCUCUACCGAGCCAAGCCCAGCAACGGCAACCUGCUGUGGGUCGGGGGCAGUCAGCGGGGCCGCAGGGGCAUGGGGGUUCCCAGGGAGACGCAAGGAGGCAGCUUCUCGGACCUGGAGCAGGGCACUGCCAACGGAGAGCUGGGCUCCGCC